CCAGCGAAGCCCCACUGGCAGCCCCUGCCCUCCAUGCCCACCCCCUGCUAUGGGGCUUCCACCUUCCUGCAGGGAAACAAGAUCUUCGUCCUGGCCCCUGUUGCAAUGCCUGACGGCGUCGUGUUCAGCCUGGGGGGGCUGCAGCAGCCAGGGCCCCACAACUUCUAUUCCCGUCCCCACUUUGUCAACACCGUGGAGAUGUUUGAUCCCGCACAGGGUGAGCUCCAUGUCCCUGGGCGCGUGAGGGAGAAGAGAGCCGACUUCGUGGCCGGCUGCCUGGGAGGAAGAGUGGUGGCUGUGGGUGGCCUUGGGAACCAGUCCUGCCCGCUGGACUCAGUGGAAGGGUUCAGCCUCUCACAGAAGAAGUGGGAGCCGCUGCCCCCCAUGCCCACUGGUCGUUGCUCCUGCUCCAGCUGCCCAGCACCCAGCCUGCUCUUCGUCAUCGGUGGCGUGGCCCAGGGCCCCAGCGGUGCCGUCGAGGCUCUGUGCCUACGUGAGGCACCUUGA